AUCAGGAAUAUUAUAUUUUACGCAAGGCCAUUUUACUUACCUUCGCCUCCACCCGCCCGGUUGUUCAAACAUUGAAAUCUUGUAUGGAGAGUUGUGGUUGGCGGGUUUGAGGAAUUUGCUCCCAUGAAAACUUCUUACUGGUGAUCAAUGUAUUUGCAUAUGAGUAAAUUUUAGCCAUUAUUCCAUCCAUCGACGAACACUUGGAAAAAACUCACGUCCUUUAGCUAUCGCAGCUAUUUAAUUCCGGAAUAGCAUACAUAUUUAUGCAUUAAACACUCUGGUGAAUAUGGUGGACAAGGACCCGAAAAGCGCUUUACCAGACCUCACGGCCGAAUAUCGAAUUAUAACCGAGUCUAUCGAAAAAGAAGAGAAGCACAUCAAGCUAGUCGAAAAUUACGGCAUCAACCCAUUCAGAAAAAGGGAGGCCCUCGCUGGAAAGCCCAACUCUCCAUAUGACACGGUUGAUCCCAAUGCGCCAAUAGACAAGGAAUUCAUCAACACUGUCAACAAGUUCAAUCGCAUUCCUCGCGAGAAGUACGAGUGUCCUCAGACUACCUCUCACGAGUACGGUUGGCACUCGCGGCCUCUCCUGAUUCAGGACCGCUCUGACCGGCGCCUGCACCACCAGCACAAGUACCAGGACAUCACGCUGUUCAACGAGUUCCUCAUCCGAAGCUGCCCCACCAUGAUCAAGGGAGACAACUAACCGCUGAGCGGCCGGACCCGACGUCUGACAAUGUAGACUGAUGAAGGCAUGGCUCAUAGAGACCAUUAACACUAUAUCAGCGUCGUAUUAUUAACCUCCCGGAAACAUUAAACGCCGCGAUUUCGGCUAAAAUCGCGGUUGAAGGCUA